GCUGAUUACUUCAUGCUUUUUUUUUUUAUCAUGUCGACACUGUUCCUCAUCGACCCGUUGUAAGAAAGUGUUUAAACAUGGAGCAGUGGCAGGACGCGGCCUCUCAGCAGAUCGAGCCUCUCACAAACCGUCUGAAUGAACUGAUGUCUAAAGGCCUGGGGCUGCUGCGCUCCGAGCUCGGGAUGGAUUUGGGACUGAAGCCUGAGCUGAUUCCAUCAUGGGUGAUCCUCUUAGCGGUGUGCGCAGGGCUGCUGCUCAUGGUGGCUCUCUGGGCCUCAGCCUGCCAGGCUCUCUUCAAGACACGACCAGCUGUGAGGCCAGCUGACAGCGAGGUCGUCAACGUCAAACUCGAGGAGCCGAAGAGAAAAAAGAAGGAUGCAGAAAAGGCAUCCCUGCCUAAUGGGAGAGAUGUUACUGAACCACAGGAAGAGCCCAUUGAUGAGACAGAGCCGUAUCACCUGUCAACCCCCCAGAAGUCGAAGAAGUCAAAGAAGAAGAUCAAACAGGCUUAUAAGGAGACCAAAGCUGUGAAAGCAGAUGGCAAAGAACCAGAGGAAGGUUCAUGGGAAACGAAGGUGAGCAGCAAGGAGAAGCGUGAGCAACGCAAGAAAGACAAGAGUUCAAAUGAUGGCCCAGACAGUCCGGGUGGAGGAAACACACCAGCGAGCGCCCCUCCAGAGCAGCCCAAGGCCUCCGCACUUCUCAGCCAGAAAAAGAAAAAAGUGGUGACUCCCUGUAUCACUGAUGUGGCUGAUGAGGUUCCUGCUCACGCUGCUGCUCAGAAGACUGACCCCUGGACAUCCAGUAAAGAAACGCCAUCACCCUGGAGGGCUGAGAUUGAUGAGUCAUGGACUGUGAUUGAGAGGGGGAUUACUACAGCAGAGGGAAAUCUGUCUUUACCUGGAAGUACUGCUGAGCCACAACCUAUGAUGGAGUCACUCUGGCUCAGUCAGCCCAAAGUGGAGGACGAGUGGUCUGGACUUCACGGUGGUUCACUUGACCCCACUUCUGACUGGAACGCCCCUGCUGUGGCCUGGGGCAACUUUGAGGGGGGCAACUAUGAGGAGCCCACUCCUGAGCCUCCUCAGACUCAGGAGAAGCCCCGACCUGAUCCUGCUACGGUUAAUCUGCUUGUAGGAGUAGCUCCUGAUGAGGAAGAUGAGAAAGUGGAGGUAGAGACUGCUGCUGAUGGAGCCGACAAAGUGAAAAAGAAGAAGAAGAAGAAGAAAGCUGCAGAGGAGGAAGAGGCAGGUUUCCAUGAGAUGUCUAGUGAUGAUCUAUAUAUAAACAUGUUUCCAUAUGUAUAUCUUGCUAACCUUUUUUAUUAUUUUUUAACCAUGAAAGGCUUUACAUUUCUCUCUGCUUCAUAUGAAGGAAUUGACAUCUCAAAAAUCUACUUGGAUUUCACAAGAAAGCUUGCACACCAACCUAGCUUUUAUCAAUGUGUCCCACAGGGCGAGGAGCGGGAGAAGGAGAUCGCACCUACAGCCACGGUGAAGAAGAUACCACCUCUUCAAGAGAAUACUGCUGCUGUCCAGCCUGUAAGAGCAGCUGAUGCUGAGUUUAGACCGGAGCAGCUUGUGAAGGACAACAUAUCUAAGACCCAAGUGCCACAAAGGCCGUCUAAUGAUGAGCCCAUCGCCAAGAGGAACAGCCCUGCUGCUCCAAAACAACAAAGUAAGUAUGCCAUGAGAUCCAAACCGCAAAGCCUUCAAAGAAGAAGAAGGCGAGAAGAGAGACAUGAGAACACGUUGUGAAGACUUAAAGAUACUGUUUAUGCAACUCAUUCUGUGAUAACAACUUU